AUGUCAGAGAAUGGAGAUCUGCAGCAACAAAUCCUUCAAAAGACUCUCAGGGAGGUAGCGGAUGAGCAGACUGAGGGUGCUGAUCCCUGCGUCAUCUGUCUGGACACUAUCACAGAGCCAUGCGUCGGAGUUCCAUGCCGCCAUGCCAACUUCGAUUAUCUGUGCCUUCUUAAUUGGCUCGAGCAACAGCCCAACUGUCCUCUAUGUAAAGUAAAUCUCACUGUCGUUCAAUAUGACUUGAAACGACCCGGAGGCCCCAAGACAUACAACGUCCCUCCCGUCGAUCCCCCCACAAGAGCGACCCGCGCCUCUCCUCUCCAGCACGAGAUUCGUUUCAGAGGGUACCAAAGGCGACGACAAAGAUCCCGCCCGCGCCAGCCCCAGCCUUCGUCCGGCGAUCCUCUCUCAGUCCGUCGCAAUGUUUAUCGCAACCAGCUAUACUCUCUGCGAGUCGGGUCAAAUCGUCUUUCCCAAUAUACGGAAGUGACACCAGAGCAUUUCAACCGAGACGAGGCCCUGGUCUCGCGCGCUCGGAAAUGGAUCCGCCGUGAGCUGCAGGUGUUUCGCUUCUUGCACCCGGAGUCAGAGGAUGAACCGGAACAAAGGCGGGAUCGUGUGCCGCGCUCGGGGAGCAACGAUUAG